AUGCCUCUUCCGCCCCUGCACGCCUCUUUUGCCCCGGGCCCAGAAGGGAGAUGUGGCCGGGGCUUCGCCAGUCUCACUAGGUCUGCCAUUUUCAAUUUUCAGAGUCUGUUGACUGUAAUCUUGUUGCUUCUAUGUACCUGUGCUUAUAUCCUAUCCUUGGCACUCAGCCUCCUGGACAGAAACAAAACUGGGCUGUUGGGUAUAUUUUGGAAGUGUGUCAGAACUGGUGAACAGAACAGUCCUUAUGUUGCGGUAUGCUGUAUUGUGGUGGCCUUCAGCAUCCUCUUCAUACAGUAG